ACUGAACUGGUUCCUGCACAAACACGGAGGAGACCAAAUUGACUCGUCAUUAUGUGAGUUUUGGCAACACACUAUCACCGGCUGAUUGCCAACACCGGCUGGGGCACGCCCGAUGCUACGUCAUGACGCACUGAAUAUGCAAAUGAGCAGCUGCAUAGUUAGCGACUGAGUUGAGGGUGUUAAAACCAGAUGGACGACUUUCUGAGCAAACAUUGAUACCUGCAGUCACCAUCAUCCUCAGACAGACUUCAAAUCCUGCUCGAAGCAAACAUGGAAUAUAUGAAAGAGGUUCUUCGGGAGGCCGAGAUGGACUGCUGGACGGCGACUCUGCUGACGGUCGUUGCCGGUGUUGGGACUCUGCUGCUGCUGAGGCGGGUGUUCAACGGGCGGGAGGCGAAGGAGAAGAUCCAGAGAGCCAGAAACCGGAGGACCGAGAGCCUGAGGCGGGCAGAGGAGGCCGUGAUCCGGUACAAGCAGUCGCAUCAAACAACCAACUUGGCUCCCAUCCUGGAGCUGUCCCUGUCUCAGCUGACAAAGCAACUACAUGAAGGAUCCCUGGACCCCAAGGAUGUAUUUCACUCCUACAUGGAAAAGACUCUGGCUGUCCACAAAAAGCUGAACUGCUGCACUGAAAUUUUGCUGGAGAGUUUUGACCAGCUGGAAACUGUUGGCUCCAACAAGGAAGGUCUUUUAUAUGGAGUUCCAGUUAGCAUUAAGGAUAAUUGUGACUAUAAGGGUCAUGACUCAAGCUGUGGUGUACUCUUAUAUCUGGAAAAGCCUGUCCAGGAGGAUUCUGUGCUUGUUCAAGUUCUGAAGAAACAAGGAGCUAUUCCCUUUGUGAAAACCAAUUUGCCCCAAGGCCUUUUAUCGUAUGACUGCAGUAACCCUAUUUACGGGCAGACAGUGAACCCCCACAACCUCCAGAAGACCUCUGGAGGUUCAUCUGGUGGGGAGGGGGCUCUCAUUGGGGGAGGAGGCUCUUUGCUUGGCAUAGGCACUGAUGUAGCAGGCAGCAUCCGUAUUCCUGCUUCAUUCUGUGGGAUCUGUGGUUUAAAGCCAACAGCAGGUCGCCUAAGUUCACAGGGUUUUCAAGCCGCUUGUCCAGGGCAAAAGUCAGUGCGGGCAAGUCCUGGACCUAUGGCACGGGAUGUAGAUAGUCUUGCUCUGUGUAUGCAGGCGUUGCUCUGUGAUCACAUGUUUUCCUUGGACCCCACUGUUCCACCGUUACCUUUCAAUAUGCAGAUUUACCAGAGCACAAAACCACUGAGGAUUGGUUAUCUAGAAAACGAUGGCUUCCAGCAACCGUCUCCAAGCAUGGUCCGUAGUGUCAGAGAAGUCAAAGCUCUGCUGGAGCAAGCAGGUCACACUUUUGUGCCUUUUCAACCACUGAGGAUAAGCGCUACCUUUGACCUCAUAGUGAAAAGUUUACUUGCAGAUGGAGGUACCACCUUUUUCCAAAAACUAGUGGGGAGUCCUGUGGACCCUGCUCUUAAACAACAGAUUUUUCCCUAUGCUUUUCCCAUGUGGUUCAAGAAAGCACUUUCAUUCCUCCUCAAGCCCUGGUUUCCUCGUAUUUCUAGCUCCCUGAGAGCUCUCUGUGGAGUUGGAUCUGUUGGAAAGCUGUGGGAGCAGCAUGCUGCUGUUGAGGACUACAUUAAAGAAACAAUUACACAUUGGAAGCAAUGCAACAUAGAUGUGCUGCUGUGCCCUGUGAUCGCACCAGCCUACAACUUCUUCUACUGUGGCAAAAUUACCACUAUAGGCACUUACACAAUGCUCUACAAUCUCCUCAACUUUCCUGCUGGAGUAGUUCCUGUUACCACGGUGACGAAAGAGGAUGAGGAGGAGCUCAAACAUUACGAGGGCAUUUAUCAGGAUGUGUAUGACAAGUUCUUCAAAGAAGCGGUGACUGGGGCCGAGGGUCUGCCGGUGGCGGUGCAGUGUGUGGCCCUGCCGUGGCAGGAGGAGCUCUGCCUGCGCUUCAUGAAGGAGGUGGAACAACUGGUCAAACAGAGCAGAAAGUAAAGCCGCUGACUGUUCCUAACCCACAGGCGGCUGUGGAUCAAGUAGGAGAGUGGGUCGUCCAAUGGUCGAAGGGUCGGCGGUUCGAUUCCCACUCUCGUCUAGUCAUGUGCUGUUGUGUCCUUGGGCAAGACACUUUAUCCGCCUUUCCUCCAGUGCUGCUUUCACACUGGUGUGUGAAUGUUGGUGGUGGUCGGAGGGGCCGACCACCACCAACGCCAGGCGCGGACUGGCAGCCACGCUUCUGCCCCAGUCUGCCCCAGGGCAGCUGUGGCAAAUGUAGCUUACCACCACCAGAGUGAGAGUGAAUGAAUAAUGGAUCCAUUGUGAAGCGCUUUGAGUGCCUUGAAAAGCGCUAUAUAAAUCUAAUCCAUUAUUAUUUAAAAAACAAAAUAGAUUUAAGGGACCCCAGGAUCAUUUUAAUGAAUGUCCCUGUUUUAAGUAUGUCAACAUUUUAAACUGCAUGAAACAUUAUAGCUUUUAAACACAUUGGAACAACUGAAAUAUGAAAGUGUGACAACAAAACUAAUAACAAUUGACUACAAAAGCAGUUUAUUUUAAGAUGUCAUAUUUUGAAUUUUACUUCUUUACAUUUCUGUUUAGUUUCUUGAGCCAAGUGAGGCGCAUGCCGCUGUCCAUGUGUUGCAUGUCAUUCAUUGACAAUUUUUAACAUUUGAUUUAUCUUAUAUUGUACCUCAAAAAAAUAUUAGUUUAACAUUUGAAUUUAAGACUUAGAUAAUUUGAUCCAUGUUUUUCCUUGUACAAAAUCCACAAUCCUAUUUAAACUUAGAAAAGCAAGGGUGAAAUAAGUUCAGUUUUUGUAUUCACUCCACAUGCAGUGUUUAAUAUUUCACACUGUAUAGCAUGACCAGGAGGCUGAUGCUUUAGCAAACUGAAUUCAUGUCACCACAUGAGAAAUGGGGAAAAUUAGGGUUCACAAUAAGAACGUGAAAAGGGGGGGGGGGGAUCUACUUGCUUCCUGAUUGUCUUUUUACUGGCAUGUGCAGCGUUCUUUCAUGAAUGAGAACAACAAAAACCAUAAAUAUUUUCAUUUGUAUUAGUGUCAAUAUUGUGAAACCGUGAUGCGUUGUUCAUGUGCACGUCUCUUUUACAAGUUAUGGUUUGUUUUGAUAGUCAGUCUUUUAAACCUGUACUGAACCACAUUCUGUUGAAUUAAAUGUUUAAUGAACUAA